AUGCCUGCGAAACGCGCCCCUCAAGAUCCUCCCGCGACCAACGCGAAACGGUCGAAGACGGGAACCGCUGCGAGCGCGAAAACCACCACCACCACCAGACCACGAAACAAGCGGUGGUCAGCCGUCUCAGUCUCCGGUAACAUCGAUUCAGGGUCCAGUGAUUUUGAAGACGACAGCGACGAGGAGGCAGAUGAAAAUGAGGACGAUGAGGAUGGAGAUGAUGGUGAGGCCAAGAAGCCAAAGAAAGCCAAAUGCGCCGGCGGGCGAACGUGCAUCUGCAACAAAACCGCCGCAGAGCAUCCAGAACACCCCUACACCGUCUCCGUCUCCGGGUAUCGCAAAUUUAUAGAUCUCAUCGCUCAUACCAAUUUGCGCUCACCUGAUGCAUUCGACAUGUACAUAUUCAACGAUUUCGAAAGAUAUGGUGUCCUCGAAGUCCUGCAAAACCUUGUUCUCGACUUCAUCGAGGCCAAGGAUAACUGGAAAGAGCAGUGGGCUGUAUGCGAGUCAAUCCCAGUUUACUGGAUCAGCAAUGCCAUCAUGCCUUUCACCAUGAUUGACGGAAGCGAUGUGCAUGCCAUCACUGGCUUGCUCGCCAACCUCGAGUCUGUGGACCUUCUCAAGCCCGACUCGGAUGUCAGAAACCUACACUUCGUCAUGGCUCAGUAUCUUAUUCUCGCUUCCGAGAUGCGGAAGUACAAUUUGAUGAUUCGGCCAAGGUCGAAGGUCACUUCGAUGCUUACGUCUUGGCGCCCAUCCGACCUAGAUAAGCUUGUUAAGAGCAUUGAGGAAGUGUUCAACGAGGGUGAUAUCGAACUCCCGGCUCCUUCUGCUGAUCCAUGGAAGUGGGCUGCAGCUCAUAAAGCCUAUGUGAAAGAGCACAGCGAGGGACCCUUGUCGAAAAAGGGUAAAAUCGGGGGCGAAAACUACGAUAUUACCGCCAUGACCAGGGCGGAGCGCAAGAAGCAUAGCUUUAACAAGAAAGACCCCCUCGGCAAGAAGGAGCUCGACGCCAUCAAGAACGGCAUGAUUAUGCAGUUGGGAUAG